GGGAACCCGAUACAUGAACGUCAACAGUAUGAGCAACUAGCUACUCAGUUAGUGAAAUAAGUUUUGAAAAAGAUAGCAACUUAAGCGAAUUUAACUCAUUUUCGUGUCGCUAAAUUGCUAGCGAGCUAUUUAGAUAUUUAUUUAUACUGCUAGGUUAACUUAGGGUCAUCUAACGUUAGCUAGUUUACAGUAUGGAUGUUUUACGUCCGUCUCUUAUCAAUAUACAUGGAAGGAUAUAUCGAAGGAAUAUCAUUAAGGAGGAACAUUAUGAGGAAGAAGAAGAUUUCUCUUACAUGGGACCACCAGAGAGUGAAGACCUUGCAGAAGAUGAAACCUGUGAUACCCACUUCAUUGAACACACUGAUAAAGGAUACCGCUGUGCCAUAGAUGUCCCAAGUGUUCUCUACAAAUACAUCAUUGGGAAAAAAGGAGAGACACGCAGGCGUCUGGAGUUUGACACAAAGACAUCUAUCAGCAUCCCAAAACAAGGAGUGGAAGGACAGAUUGUUAUCACAGGUUCCCAAAAAGCUGCCGUCUCAUCUGCAGUCACACGAGUUGAGGUCCUGGUUGAGAGUUUCCGGAAAAAGCAGCCUUUCACGCACUUUCUGUCAUUACCUCUGAAUGAUCCCAAAAUUCAAGAGGGAUUCCUGAGAUUUAAAGACGAGGUGUUGCAGCAGUGUUCGCAGGAUCAUGGAGUCGAGGGAAGUAUCUUUCAGAAUCCUGCAAAGCUUCACCUGACGGUCGGCACCAUGGCUCUGUUGAAUGACGUGGAAGUGAGAAAAGCAUGUGAACACCUCCAAGAGUGUCAAAACUUCAUCAGAGACAUCACAGAAGGAAAACCUCUACCAUUGGAGGUGACCGGAAUAGAGUACAUGAAUGAUGACCCAGCCAUGGUGGACGUCUUGUAUGCCAAAGUCAAUGUGAAAGACAGAUCUGACAAGUUGCAGGUGAUUGCAGACCGGCUGGUAGAGCACUUUGUCUCAGUGGGGCUGAUGGUGCGAGAGUGGGACAGAGUGAAGCUGCACGGCACUGUGAUGAACACUCUGUUCAGAAAGGACUCUACAGUCGAAGACACAGGCGGCCCAGGAAGACAAACCAUGAGUGAAAGAGAGGCUUUUGAUGCCAGAAACAUUUUAAAGAAAUUUGGUGCUCAUUGUUUUGGAGAGUUUCAGCUGAACACCGUCCUGCUGUCCCAGAGAUAUUCGACAGAUUGUACAGGUUACUACACCUCUGCGGGGAGCAUCAACUUCUCAUGAGCUGCAACAGGGCUGAGCAUAUUCUGAGGUCAUCGAUGAACAUGGCCACAGGAUGUAAAGUGUUCUGGGUGAUGAAGAAACUCUCAGCUGACAGUAAAGCAUUGUGGGGAAACGUUUCCAUCAGAUGAUGAUCGUGAAUGGACAACCAAGUGUUGUUGCAUCUUCGAUAAAUCUUUUGCUGGAAAUGAACAUUUAUCUGGGUUUCCUUCACGGUGGCAGGAGGUGCGACAUUUCAACAUUCUGUUUAAAUCUGACAGGAAUAAAUAAAUGUGUAAAGCACCCA